AUCAUUCUGCGCACACGCAGAAAGAGAAAACGUCAGCGGCCUCCAACUUUAUUCAGGCAGACAGCUUCGCCGCUCAUGUGCAAUGAUGCGGAAUCUUUCAUACGUGACCGUAUUCCUCGGCAUCGUCUGCUGUCGGUCGUCUGCUAGCGUUCAUCAUUCAUCCGUUAGCAAUGUUAUUGGCGGCUCAUCGGCUGGCAACAACGGCACAAUCAACGCGUCCCUGCAACCCGAGACGCUGCAACUUUACGAAGGCGAGAGAAAGGAUAUAUCUGUCGUGCUUCAGAUCAAUUCGAGUGUAACGGUCGAUAAUUGGGGGAGCCAAGUUACUGUGACAGCCGACUCCGAGGACCCGGAUCUGUUUGUCGUGCACGGAGACAGGACACUGGUCAAGAAAGUGGAUGGUCGGUUGCAAGUGAAUGCGACGAUCGAAGGGGUGUUUCUGGGUCGUUCGACAAUAUCUUUCACGAUUUGCAUCGACGAUCAGACGAACGAAGAAUGCAUGCACGUCUCUUAUCCAGUCGCCAUUUUAAGGGCCCCCUCCGUAUUACGAACCAUGUUCCCCGUACUCAUAGUCGCCAUCGUGUCCAUAAACUACAUCAACAUGGGAUGCCAAAUCGACAUCGGCAGCGUCUGGAAGAAACUCAAGACGCCGCUAGCUCCUCUGGUCGGAUGCUUCUGCCAAUUCCUCUUCAUGCCUCUGGUAUCAUACGGAAUCGGGUUGCUUUUGCUCAAAAGCGCGGUGCUAAGGUUCGGGUUCUUCCUACUAGGCUGUUCCCCUGGCGGCAAUUCCAGCAACCUAUGGACGCUCCUGCUGGACGGUGACGUUACUCUAAGCAUCGCCAUGACUUUCGUCAGCACUGUAGCCAGUAUCGGAAUGAUGCCUCUGUGGACCUUUAUACUCGGACGUCACAUCGCUCCAGAAACGGGUUCCUUCAAAAUCCCUUUCAGCAACAUCGCCGGAAGUCUGGCAGCACUCGCCAUACCGAUCGGCGUCGGGAUGCUCAUUCGUCGCCUGAAGCCCGACUGGGCCGAGAAGUCCAAGAGAUACAUCAAGGCCACGACUCUAGUCAUACUAGUGUUCAUCCUCGUCAUCAGCUGCACCGUCAACCGUUACAUUUUCUUGCUGAUGACGUGGCAAACAUUCCUGAGUGGUGCUCUGGUUUCGUGGAGUGCGUACAUCUUCGGUGCGCUAGCUGCCCUCGUGGUUAGGCUUAAGAAGCCACAAGUCAUCGCUCUAGCGAUAGAGGUCGCCUUUCAAAAUGGUGGUAUCGCGACGGUGAUUCUAUACACGUCUCUCCCCGAACCAGACUCUGAUAUUGUGAUUGUACCUGUCGUCUGCCAAAUCAUCUUGCAGGGCGUCCCGCUGUACGUGCUACUGCUCGUGCUGAAAAUAAGAAACGCCAUUCGUGUGCGGUGGGGUGGUAAGGAGGAGGAGAAACAAGCAGACGAGCUAAAGCCUUUGCCGCCGGAUAACUGCGGUUGCGGGAAGACAGCGACUGAACGUAACGAUGAUGUUGAGAAAGCAGACGAGAAAUUGAAUGACGAGAGCGGUAGAGAUGACGAUGUCGAUGGAAAUGCGCCGAGGAAAACGUGACCGUUUACGAGCGCCUUCCAGGACUGUUUUAGAUCGAUGAAUGUCGCCUGUUACCUGUUAUAUGUUCAGAGAUAAGUCCUUUAUUUUGUACAUCUGGAAUAUCGAAUUAUACACUGCCACAUA